AUCCUGAAAAAUGUAAAAGCCACAAUAUAAUCUUUCCACCUUUCCCCUUUUGUAUGUAUAAGAUAUGAAUGUGUAGGCUUGUGUACAUUUAUUUUUGAAUGUGCAAGCCAGACUUUUCUAAGUAUUUUUUAUUUAUUUUAAAAACAUUGACAUACUUAGAAAAUAGCCACCUCUCUCUCCUCCCUCAUCCUCUGCACUGUUACGAAAUCAGACAUCUGUGAGUCUGUCCCUCCACCAUGUACUGCUGACAGCGGAGCUUCAUCCAUGCCAUCUUUCUACAUUACGGUUCUCUCAUCCUCCGGUGCGGUGGUGCCACAAACAUCCUCCCAUCAUCAUGCUGCAGCUGGGAGAUGAAGGGUUGUAUUUCUCGGCAGUGUUUCUGCUGGUGAUGCUGGCGACGAGGAGUGCAGCGGGGGCCUCUCUCCUCACUGCAUUCCUCUAUGUCUUCAUGGUGAUGUUCCGGUUUCCUCCGGUACCGACGGACCAGGCCAGCCGCGUCCUCCGGCCUGGGGCUCCGUCAGGCGGCGUGCCGCUGGUAGCGCGCCGCGGGGGUUGCCACGACGCUCCGGAGAACACGCUGGCAGCCAUCAGAGAGGCCAGUAGGAACGGGGCAUCUGGAGUGGAGCUGGAUCUGAGUUUCACCGCAGAUGGAGUGCCCAUUCUGAUGCACGAUGAGACUGUGGACCGCACCACCAACGGAUCUGGACCAGUCAGCAAACUGCAUUUAGUUCAGCUGAAGAGACUUGAUGCUGCUGCUCGACACAGGCUUAAGGACAAGUUCAGCGUAGAGAGGGUCCCAACUCUGCAGGAGGCAGUGCAGGAGUGCAUCAAACACCAGCUGACCAUCUUCUUUGAUGUCAAAGGUCAACCUGAUAAGGAAUGUUUUUCCCUUUUUCAGGCAGCAUUAGUUCUUCAUGAGAUGUAUAAGAAGUUCCCGAUCCUUUACAACUCCAGCAUUGUUUCUUCCUUUGAACCCAAAGUUAUCUACAAGAUGCGUCAGACCGACUCCAACGUGGUCACAGCUCUCACCCACCGGCCCUGGAGACUGAGCCACUUUGACGACGGCACUCCUCGGAGCCUGUCUACUUGGGGUCAGUUAUGGACGGGGAUUCUGGACAUCUUGUUGGACUGGGCCCAUCAUCACAUACUGUGGAAACUGUGUGGAGUCUCUGCCAUCCUCGUACAAAAAGACUUCAUCUCACUGGACUAUGUUCAGUUCUGGGCAGAGCGAGGUGUUGAGGUCGUGGGCUGGACCAUUAACACCGCUGUGGAGAAAGACUACUACCAAAACCUGCUGAAGAUCGGCUACAUCACUGACAGCCUGCUGGAGGACUGUGAAUCUCAUUACUGAAUGACCAAACACACACUAAUACACAGCAGGCACCAGGGUGUACAUAAAGCCUUGGGGAACUUAUUUCACCCUGUAAAGGCCCCCUCUAGGGGGGCUAAACCUAGAGGACAGAAACUUUGAGAGUGGGACUGACCGGUUUGAUCAUUUUGUAAUUGGUCCACGAUCAAAUAAUUCAGAGGACUCGUCAACGCUUUAAUUUCCCCAUUCUUUACAGUUCUUAGUUCCUGGAGGGAGUACAUACAUCAAUAGGAUGGAGGAACCUUGCACUCUCCUGAAAAGUUGCUCCUGGAAUUGAACGUCCUGAAGUGUGGUGGAAACGUGGCUUUAACUUCUUGUCUUUAGGAUUACCCCAAUGCUAACCUUAACCACUGACCCAGAAGUAAUAUUUUUUCCUAAUUGGGAGCUCAGUGUUUGACCCUAAAUGGAAAAGCCAGCCCCUAUUAACUGGUCUUUAAUCUGAAAUGUGUGCCCAAAUUGUAGACUAAAUAGCAAAAUGUCACAAACGUAUGAAAAGGGUUAAGUCAUACAGAAGGGUCAAUUGUCAAAUGUUUCAAACUUGUAAAAUCUAACAUUCCAUACGGUAGUUUCUUGAUGAAAGUAUUACAAGUUUAAAAUGCUAGGAUAACAAUAGCAUGACUGAGCUACUGUGGAGGUGUCGUGUUACAUCAUUACCUGCAGCUGGCAUACAGGUAGUACAGGAAGGUUCACUUUAAAUAACAGACACAUUAAACCAUGAUGAUCCGUCUCUAUACGUUCAUGUCCUUAUCUUACUACCAGCAGCAAUACCUCCAGCUGUCCUGGAACAGGGAUUAGGAUUACACUACCUUAAAGAUAUUUUCUACCUUCUUGAGCUUUAAUGCACCUUUAAAGAGACAUUAGUGUAUAUACUUGUAAAAUUAGACUCCCUGGUAUCAUAAAAAUGCCAGUUAAUUAUGAUAUUUAUAUAAUUAUAGACUAAUAAUUGUGUAAAUAUUCUGCAGCUUGACAUGAUGAUUGUUUGGUUGUUUAAGUACUUUUUUUUUGUGAAAUUGCACAAACACACAACAAAAAUGUCUGCAAGGAAUUCAAAUUAUCAAGGUCUUUUUUCAGUAGGAGAAUUUGAUUAUCUGAUUGUACUCUAAAGGAUUUAAUUCUGAAGGGAAAGUGAAUCUGAAUGUUUUCUGUGUGUGCAGCUCAAAGCAGAGAUAAUCUCAAAUAACCUCAUAAUAAAAAAACUAAUCUUU